AUGGAACAAAUUAAUUCAAAUAGUGAAAAAAAGAUUCAGCAGAUAGAUAUAUUCAAAAAAUAUGCAUCUGUUCGAAAUAUCACCCUUAAAGGUGCAACUUCGGGUGAUACAACACAUGAUGAUUCCAAAAAUUCAGGGGAAUUGGUAAUGCUCUAUGAUGAUUUCAUCAAAUUAAUCUCCAAUUCCAAAAAAUUAUACUCCAAGUUUACAGAUCAUUCAUUCAAUUUGAAUCAAGUACCUUCGAAUACAUUUGGUUGUAUAUUUUUCGCCAUCGAUGAAAAUAAUAAAGGUUAUUUAACCAUAAGUGAUUGGUUUUACUUCAAUAACAUCUUAGAGCAAGAAAAUUAUCAUCUUAUUUUAUUAUACGAGUUUUUCAGGAAAUUUGAUCAAGCGGCAAUCAGACAUUCUCCAAUAUUGUCUAAGUCGGAGUUGAUGAAUAAAAGUUAUUUACUUAGACCAAUCAAUUAUAGUAAUAAAUUCUUAAGUUUUGAUGAAUUACUAUUAAGUGUGGAACAAUUUAAAGCGACUAUAAAUCUAUUGCAUGAUUGUGUUGAUGAUAAAUUUUCAAAGAAAUAUAAUUUGUUUAUAGACUGGGAUAAAUUCUCUUGCUUAUCGUUCUAUGAAUGCUUUCCUUUUGGUAGGGACAAAAAAAAUCCAGAGAAAGCGUCGUUUUUAACUUUGAAUUCAUUAAUUACUAUUCUUCAAAAUGACUUGAAAAAUCAAAGAUUGACAAAGGGUUUUGAACAAUUAUGUCAUAGAGAUCCUGUGAAGGGUAAUCUGGUCAUAAAUAAAUCUCAAUUAAUGGAUUUAUUAAGUUAUUAUUUCUCGCACAAAGUUUCUUCAGAUAUCUUCCAGUCUUUGAAUUUAUCAAAUACAUCUUUAUUGAAGUCUAAAAAUAACGCCAUACCUUACAAUGUUUUUAAAGAUAUUUUUUAUUUGUUUCAGAAUUUUGAUCUUUUGAAUCAAGCUUUAUUAAAAUAUUCAAUGGAGAAUGGACUCACGGAAGAUGAUAUGAGAGAACAUAUAAUUACAAAGAGAGAUUUUAUGAAAAUAUUAAAUGCACAGUAUUAUAAAGUAAAUAAUAUCAAUGAAUUCUCUCCAUCACAAAUCAAUUUAUUGUUCUCUAUAGUAGCAAAUUCUAAGAAAAAUAAUGAGGCUAGUCAAAAAGAGAUCUCUAAAUUAGAACAUCAUCAUGAUUCUAAAAUUGACAAAUAUAUUCAGAAUGAAUAUCAAAGAGGAGAAAAUAUUUCAAAGAAACAAUUACAAACAUUCAAUGAUAAUUAUUUGAUAUCAUUAGAGACAUUUGCUCAAGAUGCUUCUUUUAAGAAGUUGUCUCAAAUUUCUAUAGACUAUUUUCAACAGUUAUUUUAUGGCAAGACGGAUCAGGCUACAAUGGGUUCAAAAUUAACUAUACAAGAUUUUUUAAAGAUUUUAAAUCCCAAUUAUUUAAAUGAUGUAGUUCAUCAAUUGGAAUUGAGGCAUGUACAAAAUGAAUCACUUUAUGUCAACUACUAUUUUUAUCCCAUUUUUGAUUCUAUGUAUAAUUUUGUUUUAGGUUCAAUAGCUGGUUGUGUUGGAGCCACCGUUGUCUAUCCUAUUGAUUUUGUUAAAACGCGAAUGCAGGCACAAAGAACUGUUUUAAAGUAUAAAAACUCUUUAGAUUGUCUCUCAAAGGUAGUUAGACAAGAAGGUAUAAGAGGAUUAUACUCUGGUUUAGGAUUCCAAUUAAUUGGUGUUGCUCCUGAAAAAGCUAUCAAAUUAACAGUAAAUGAUUACAUGAGGAAAAAUUUGGUUGAUAAGAAGGGAAAUUUACAUAUAUUUAGUGAAAUUAUAGCAGGUUGUAUGGCAGGAACUUGUCAAGUGAUUUUUACAAAUCCAAUUGAAAUUGUCAAGAUCAGACUUCAAGUGAAAUCAGAAUAUAAAUCUAAUGUUGAUAUAACCGCAAGAAAUAUAAUUUCAAAAUUGGGACUUCGAGGACUUUACAAGGGUGUUACAGCCUGUCUGAUGAGAGACGUUCCAUUUUCUGCGAUAUAUUUCCCAACGUAUGCACAUUUGAAAAAGGAUAUUUUUAAUUUUGAUCCAUUGGAUAAGAAUAAGAGAAAUAGAUUAAAAACUUGGGAAUUGCUGGUUGCUGGUGCUUUAGCAGGGAUGCCUGCUGCAUUCUUAACAACACCUUUUGAUGUCAUAAAAACGAGACUUCAAGUUGUCCCUAAAAAGGGAGAAACAGCAUAUUCUGGUAUUUUUCAUGCUGUUAAAACAAUACUAAAAGAAGAAAGUAUGAAAAGCUUUUUCAAAGGUGGUGGUGCUAGGGUGCUUAGAAGUUCACCUCAAUUUGGUUUUACCCUUGCCGCAUAUGAAUUGCUGAAGAACGUGUUUCCAUUGCCAAACUUGGAGGAGAAAGAAAGUAAGAUUGAAUAUGAAAAGCGAGUAUAUUUAUCUGAUUUAGAUGAAGUGCCAUCAAUAACUUCACAAGUCACUGCUCUAGUUAAUAAAACUAAAUAUUAUCCCUCGUAUUCAGAGUCGCAUUCAAAUACACAUGAUUUUUUCAAUUCAACAUUUAAUCUGUAUAAUAGUAACUAUUUGAAUUAUUAUUAUAAAAGCUGUAGGGUUGCUAAGAUUUUUAUUGAUUUGGAUACUUCUUUCUCUAAAUUUGACUACAACGCUUACAUGGAGUUCCAUAAAAAACUCAUUGAGCUUAAUAAAAAAUGA